AUGCCUACAAGAUCUAAAUUUUACAACCCAACAACAGCACCUUACUACAAUCCCAAGACAGAAAGAAAAGUUGUAAUCAUCACCGGUGGAAACUCGGGUAUAGGAUGGUACACAACCCUUCAUUUGUACCUCCAUGGCUAUGUCAUUUAUAUGGCUGGUAGAACCGAGCUGAAGGUUAGAAAGGCAUUCGAAGACAUUGAAAAAGAAGCUCAAGCAAGGGCAACUAAAGAAGGUAAAACAGAUCAUGUUUUUGGUGAACUACAUUAUAUUCACAUUGAUUUGUUAGAUCUAUCAUCAGUUCCAAAAGCAGUUGCAGAAUUUGCUGCUGCUAAGGAGGAGAAAUUGGAUGUGUUGAUCAACAAUGCGGGUAUCAUGGGAGUUCCUUAUAAAGUGACAAAAGAUGACUAUGAAAUUCAGUACCAAGUGAAUUUUGUCACUCAUUUUCUCUUGACACUUCAAUUGGUCCCACAUUUGCAAAAGACUGUUGACGCUGGUGAAACUCCUAGAAUUGUCAAUUUAUCAUCAAUUGGACACAACUUCUCCUACAAGCACUUUAGACCAGAGCAAAACAAAUUGAAUACAUUCCCAAGUAGCAUAUUCACUUGGGUUAGGUAUGGUAUUGCUAAGACGGCUGAAAUUCAAAUCACCAAAGAGUGGGCGAUCAAGUAUCCACAAUUUUUGUCAAUUGCAAUCCAUCCAGGUGUCAUUUUGGGUACGAACUUGUAUGAUUAUUGGCGCCAUGUCCCUAUUAUCAAAUAUCCAGCCAAUGCCAUUUUUGCGAUUUCAGAUAAAACUAUAGGAGUUUCUAAUGAAGAAGGUUCGUUGGCUACGUUAAGAGCUGUUAUGGAUCCAAGCUUGAACCCAAAGCAAGAUAAUGGUGAGUUUUUGGUAACCGGGGGUGUUGUUGAGGAACCAAGUAAGAUUGCUAGUAAUUUGCAAUAUGCAGAAGAGACCUGGGAUUGGAAUAUUGAACAAUUGGAAAAGCGUGGGUUUGAGGUGGGCGUGAAAGAGUAA